UAUUUGAAAUUAUACAUUGACGUGUGAAUGUCAUAUUAGUUCUGAUGACAGAAUCUUUGAAUUAAUUAGAAUCCAUAUCUGUUUGGCUCUUUUGAACUUCGAGUACCAAGUAUUUUUAAAUCGUGCUUUUCUUUUUAUAUUAGAAGAGGUACACGUUUGGACGAGCUGUCAUCCUGUUAACAAUACCUUAGAUUUGAUCGUCCCUGAUGAACUAACGAAAGUUGUUGUAGAAAAUCUCAUGCACAUUGGCAGAGUUUUUCAAAAAUAAAGUAAAAAAUAUAUAAUUUGUUACGUGAUUUAGAUAUAAAAAAAGUACAGUAACAUUAACUUUAAACAAUAAAGGUCCUGAAUUCUACUAAUUAAAAAAAUUCACGAAUACUUAAAUCAAAAUUAAUCAUAAAAAUGGGAUCGAAACAAAUAGCAAAGAGGAAAAAAUGGAGGAGAUAUUAUAUAAAUUAAAAAUAUUCUUUAGUGCCCAUAAGGUUUAAAUUCUCAGCGACUCUGUUUUCAGUACUCAUAUUUAAAAAAAAUGCUUCGUUUCAGUAAAAAAAUAUUAUUAUAUUAAUUGCAGUUUAAUCCGUUCCACUUUAAUUUAAAGCAUAAAUUCUACCGAAGCUAACAGAAAAUUAGAGAGACACAUGUUACUUACGGCUGAAGGCCUUUAUAAUAAUAUGAGUGACUUAAAUGAAUAUAAAAAUUAAAGUUUUAAAAUAUUUUAAUGAAGAAGCAAUUAAAAUGGGAAUUCCAUAGAAUAAUUAAUUAUUAAAAUUUUAGCGUGCAUUAAGAUUGGCGAGCCAGCUGGUCGCCAAAGGCGGUAGUAUAAAAUAAGAUAAAAAGGAGUAUUUAGAAGUACUAAAAAGGAUAAAUGUUUAGGGGAAGUUAGAAAUUCAAUUAAGUAAACAGAAAAUAAAAGGCAAAUUCAAGGUUAUAUCCUCGACUACUGGAUGGAAUUACAUAGCUUGAGUCAUCUCAGUUGAUUUCAGCCAGUGGUGCAAUUUAAAUGUGAAUAAAAUCUGCGUGCGUGUUAUUGAAAAAGAAAAAAAAGAGAAGAACAUCGCCAGUAAAACUCAUUUUUUUCUUUGUUAUUUUUAUUCCAAUUGUUAUCUUUUUUAUGAUACGAAUACGUGAAACAACAAAAGGAAAUUCUGUUUCAAGAUUAUAUUUCAAGCAAUCACAUGCUUAAUAUCUUGGGGCGUUAGUCGCUUUGAUAGCAACUCCAGUUUUUCUAUCUUUUAAUGCGAUAUCUUAUCGUUGCUUUAUAAAUUCUCAUUAUUUAUUAAAUUACAAAAACAUAACUCAUUUCUUUUGUUUAUGGUGUUGAGAAAAGAAAAAGUGUUCCGAUUGAAAAUUCGGACGUUUUGGAAGAUGAAGUUCGUUAUUUAUGAAAUAUUUACUUUCCUUGUUCUUAAUAUUCAUAGUUCGCUUGCUGACAGUUACCAAAAUCGAAGAAAUCAAGAUUUAUUUCAUAAUUAUGAUUUACUAAAAUUAAUUAAGAAAUCUGCAGAACAUGUCCAUAUAUCUCAAAGUUUGAAAUCAAUUUCUGUGGAGGAUAAGGAUUUCCUAAAAGAAUUCGAAAAGUCUCUUUCGGAAUCCUUUAAACCAGAAUUCUUGUCGGAUUCGUUUUCUGAUGUUACCUCAAAUAAGUGCACUGAAGAUUUGAAAUAUCUGUAUGAAAACAUUCGGUCUCCUGGAGACUGGGCACUUAAAAUGCUGGAUUCUUAUGGCAAACCGGAGAGUGGUAUUUUAGCAGGGAACAUAAAAUGGCUUGGGACAUAUGACGAAUGUGUUGGUAUUCAAUCUGUGCCCCAGAAAAAUGCAAGCGUGGGAAAUUUCCGUGGGAAGUACUGCACUCUCCAAGUUCCUUUAAAUUUAGGAAAUGUGUCUAUUCCUAUAUCUACAGCUGUGUGUUUACCCGAUUCUUGCAAUCCGAAUGGAACUGUCUCUAGCAUAUUACAAAAUUAUAAAAGUAAUGACUCAUUUUCGAUUUUUGAAGAAAGAUUGGAGUCAAUAUUGAGUAACGCAACAUUGACCUGCAAAGUUCCGCCGAAGAAAUUAACUACAGGAGCCAUUGCUGUCAUAUGUCUUCUCUCCGUAUUUGCUCUUCUGGCUUUGAUAGGAAGUUCCAUAACUGCAUUGGAAUAUUAUUUGAAGGCUAAGCUUUCUAAGACAUGUGAGCGUGAUUCCAGUGAUCUUGGCAAGAUGGUUAAUUCUUCUGAUGUCGAAAAUGUAUCUCAAGGGGAGACUGACGAUGUUACGCUUGUUGGUACAGAGGAGAAAAGAGUAUUGCCUGCUGGUAUAGAGAAAAGCAAGCCAUUUUUCAACUGUUUUUGUAUUUUCACCAAUGGCCAAAAAAUACUAAAUACCGCUAGUGCUGAAGGGCAGUUACCUUCCCUCCACGGCAUUCGUUUUCUGAGUAUGACCUGGGUCAUUCUCGGCCACACGUAUGCGUCUAUGUCUUCCAUUGUAAAUGAUAGUGCUGAUGCCAUCGGUUUAAUUGAUCGAUGGACAUUUCAAGUAAUUCUCAAUGGCUUCUUUUCUGUAGAUUCCUUUUUUGUUCUCAGUGGAUUCUUAACUGGGUAUUUAUACUUUCAACAAGCAAAGAAAACCGAUGGAAAAAUUCCAUGGCUUUAUUUUUACAUCCAUCGAUAUAUAAGGCUUACGCCAGUAUAUAUGAUAGUUCUAGCGUUUUAUACAACUCUUAGUCCAUUUUUGGGUUCUGGUCCCCUUUGGCCUGACUAUGAUGUCGUUGUGGAAUGCAAAAAUAACUGGUGGUGGAAUAUUCUUUACAUCAACAAUUUCCAGUCCGACAAUUUGUAUUGCAUGGGAUGGUCUUGGUACCUAGCUAAUGACAUGCAAUUUUAUGUAAUCAGUCCAUUGUUCCUGAUCAGUUUGUGGAGGUGGCCAAAAAUCGGAUAUUCAUUGCUAGGACUGUUCUUUUCGAUUACAUUUGCAUGCAAUUUUGUUCUCACUUACGAAUAUGACAUAAUCGCAGGGUUCGGGAAUAUUAAUCUGUUAUCCAAGGAUGCUGCGAAUGUUAUAAACAGAAUCAACGGUGCCUUUGAUAAGAUUUAUUACAAGCCUUAUACAAGAAUAGGACCUUACUUAGUGGGACUGUUUUUGGCAUAUUAUAUAUGCAAAAGGAAAUGGAACAAGUCACCUAGCCUUAAUUGGGUAACUUUAGCAGUGGGUUGGAUCGUUGCAUCUGGCAUAACAUUGACUUGCCAGUUUGGUCUGUAUCAUUUAGAUCUCACCACAUUGGAAGCAUGUUUCUACAAUGCUCUCAGUCGAACCGGUUUUGCAUUAGGAUUAGGUUGGGUCAUUUUUGUGUGUGUCAUUGGACAAGGAGGAGUUGUGAACAGUAUUCUAUCAUGGAAGGCUUUGAUACCACUGAGCCGUUUAACUUACUGCGCUUAUCUUGUUCAUUUGAUUGUUGUGUUAACAUAUUUUACAUCAGUCAGGACCUUAACUAACUUUAGCCAUAUUAAUGCUGUCUUGCUAUAUCUAGGUAUGCUUGUUAUAACUUAUGGCGCUGCCGUGGCAACAUCUUUGUUGUUUGAAUCGCCGGUGAUAAGAUUGGAAAGACUUAUCAGAAAUAAACUAGCGUCGUGACGAAGUAUCAAAUAUUAGGAUGUGAAAUUGUGUAAAUGAAACAAUGUAGUGAAAUAUAUUGCCUCCAAGAAUAAAUAUCAUAUCUUUAUUUUACUGUA